AUGGGGUCCGACCAACAUUGCCAGCGCAUUGCUGCUUUGUGUCCCUCUAAUCCGGCACUUGGUGACGAUAAUUUGGAGUGGCGUUGGGAGAUUAAUCAUAUCUUAACGGUUAAAUCAGCCUACAACGUGUUAUCCAAUCGCGAUGUUUCAAAUGAUCUAAGGAGGUGGAAGAGAGAUUCCGUCGACAUAUUUCAGAGUCGAAUAGGUGUAACAUUUGUAAUUCGGAUGUGGAGGAUAUACAUCAUGCUCUCCGUAGAUGCCCAAUUCCAAGGUGGAGCACCUUAUUUUCGAUUGUGUGCUGGAAAAUUUGGAAGCAACGGUGUAGCAUUUUACAUGAUCCGAAUUGUGGAAAGGGAGGACUUGAUCGUUCAAAGUUUUCGACUUAAGCAGGAGAAUAUUUCAACUUUUAAUGCUCCAGCUAAUAGGCGACGUCAACGUGUAGAGAUUAAAUGGAAAGGGCCGGAGGAUGACUGGGUUGAAUCCAAUUGCGAUGGAGCGAUGGGUGGGGCUAAUUUAAUGGCGUCGGCGAGGGGAGUUAUCCGAUACUCUCAAGGAGAGUGGAUUAUUGACUUUUCAAGGAGCUUAGGAAUUUGCUCGGCUCUACUUGUGGAAUUAUGGGUUGUCCAUGAUGCUCUAAACCUUACGUGGAAUAUGGGAUACGGGCGAGUGGAGGUGGAGACCGAUUGUAAGUCAGCGAUUGAUAUUUUGAAUAGACGUUCCAAUGCUAUGGAGGGGAAUGCUUGGACUUUUGAACCGAGAUUGGGAGACGAGAAUCAACUAUAUUCAUCGAGAAGCAAACACAGUGGCGGACCAUCUCGCAAAACUUUCAAGAGGCGCAGCAGUUGGGACAACUCUCUUCCAGGUUCCCCAUGA